CAACAGGAAGUAUAAAAAUGACAGGAACACAAAGCGGAUAUGUGGAUCUGCAUCAUUUGAUAAUUAGCCUCUAAACCUAGAGUUGUAUAUUGGUUUUGCAACGAUGAAUUCUAUUAUAAUCUCAAAAUAUGUGAUUAUAGCUUUAGUUCUAGCUCACGUAGAGGACAUUGAAGCAUUAUCUUCAUACGAAAAAUGCCUCAAAUUAAGCCGUAUAACCUCUUCUGAGGAGAAUGCUUUCAGUCCAGAAGGAUUGUGCUUCCAGAAAUGCAUGCUAGAGUCGGAAGGUAUACUAAGGGCAGAUGGGACGCUGAAUGAAGAAAUGUUCGAUGAAAUAAUCGAAGAAACGCCUCCAGAGCAAAUAAAACUUGUAGUAGAACUCAAGGAAUGCGUGAAAGACAUUGUAGUCAAGGAAUGCGAUGAUAUUGCGAAACUUAUGGAGUGUUUCAAUGAAUCACGAAAUAUAUAAUUAUAUA